UACAUUCAAAAAGUUAGGUUAAAUUAUAAACUAAACGAUUUUUAUAAAGAAUCGUCUAUAAAAUUGAAGAAACUAUAGCAAUAUCGUGAGAAAAAUCAAAAAUUUACUUGAUAAACAUUGUACAACAUGUUGACAACCUAUCUACAUGGAUUUAUCAGUAAAUUCAUCAUAAUUGAAGAUGAUUUAGAAGAACCUGGUGAUAAAUUGUUUAAAAAUCUUAUAACAUCCGCAUUAUCAACCAAAUUAAACAUAAUUUACCUACAAUUUAGUUUUAAUUUGGUCAAAAACAUUCCUGACAAGACUAAGGUAACAAAACUUUAUGAUUUUACAAAGUUAUCAUCACCAGAAGCAUCAAAAACUUGUCAGGAUAUAUUAAAUGAUGUUAAUACUGAUUCAAUAUUGAUUAUUGAUUCUUUAUCUCACAUGUACUAUAAAUUAAAAGCAAAGGAAACUUAUAAGAUUUUAAUAAAAGCAACAAAAUUGCCAGAGUUUAAACAGAUUCUAACUCUUCUGCACAGUGAUCUAUUGCAAGAAAAUGAUGAAAUAAUUCAUCAUUGUUCCUCAUUGUCUUCUCUUCACAUAAAAAUUGAAAGACAAUUUGGUGAAGCACGACGUUUGUCGUAUUUGUUCAGGAAAGGACGCGGUAAAGCCAUCAGAGAAAUUGAAGAGUGGUGUAUCACUGAUGGAAAAUUGAUAACAAGACCAGUUGCAAAAGUUGAUCUGAAAACUUAUCUUCAAGAGAACAAUCCAUCCAUUAAUUCAUUGUCUACAUUCAAUAUUGAGUUGAAUGAAAAGGAUAAGCAGAAUCGCAGUCAGAUGGAUCUACCGUUUUACCUAAGUAUAUUAAUUGUUUAUUUAUAAAUUGUUAUCAAAAUAAAAUUAAUCUCUUCUUAUUUACAGAAAUCUACAAAGUAGCGGUAAUAUCGAGCCAAAACAAGGUGAAAUUGAUUAUGUUUUCGAUGCUGGAGAUGAUUGGGAUGCCGAAGACCCUGAUGACGACCUGGAUAUUUAAUUAUAACUUAAACAAAUCAAUAAAUUACUAAAAUUAAA